CGCGGCGCUGCCGAGGGGCGGCGGAGGGCCCUGGCGGUCUUGCGGGCGCCGAGGUCGGGGCGGGCCUUCGUCCUGACAGGUACCCCGAGCUGGCCGGGAGCGCGGGCCCAGGGCACGGGCGGGCGGGUCUGGCGCAGACUUAACGGUCGUGGCACCGGGCCCGGGGGCGCCCCCUGCGGAGAACAGCGCCCUGGCCGGGGAGGGUGGGCGCCGCCUGCGCUCUGCGACCCAGCCCCCGAGCCGCCCGCCGCUGCCUCCAGCCAGCGCUGCCCUCGGCGUCGGGCGCUGUCCCCAGGUCCUGACCUCUGCUCUGGGCGCACAGCCGACGGCGCCCGGGCUCCUGACCGACUGACCGAAGCGUGUGAGGCCUGUGGCUCGGCCGGGCGCAGGUUCAGCUCUGACCCCCCUUUCCAUUUCAGUAUUUUCUCAGCUUUCGUUUUCUUCCACUGGACUGUGGCAUCCUGAGCCCAGUGCACAGGAUGCCCCACAAGAUUGGAUUCGUAGUUGUCAGCUCAUCUGGACACGAAGACGGCUUCAGUGCCCGGGAGCUAAUGAUCCACGGGCCAACCGUCAGCGGCUGGAGGUCACCAAGAUUUUGCCAAUUUCCACAAGAAAUUGUUCUUCAAACAGUGGAGAGAUGUCGAAUAAGAAAAUUACAGUUACUUGCUCACCAAUACAUGAUUUCAAGUAAAAUUGAGUUCUACAUUAGUGAAAGCCGACCUGAGUAUUUUGUACCAUAUCAAGCAGAGCGGUUUCGAAGACUUGGCUACGUGUCUCUCUGUGACAACGAAAAGACAGGCUGCAAAGCCCGGGAACUAAAAUCAGUUUAUGUGGAUGCGGUGGGACAGUUUCUGAAGCUGAUUUUACACCAAAACCAUGUCAACAAAUUCAACAUACAUAAUCAGGUUGCUCUGGUGGCAAUAAAUAUCAUUGGAGACCCUGCAGAUUUCGGUGAUGACAGCAAUAUUACCUCUAGAGAGAAGCUGAUUGACCAUUAUGUGGGCCACAACACCGAGGACCCGGCUCUCGAAGGCCCCUGUUCUGGGAAGUAUGACUAUAUUUCUCCACUUGAUGACUUAGCUUUUGAUAUGUACCAAGAUCCAGAAGUUGCACAGAUUAUACGCAAAUUAGAUGAGAGAAAGCGUGAAGCUGUGCGGAAGGAACAGUAUGACUAUGCCAAGAACCUGAAACAGGCCAUCGCUGACUUGCAAAAGGUUGGUGAGCGCCUCGGGCGGUAUGAGGUAGAAAAGCGCUGCGCGGUGGAGAAGGAGGACUAUGACCUCGCCAAGGAGAAGAAGCAGCAGAUGGAGCGCUUCCGCGCACAGGUGCACGAGCAGCUGGCACUCCACGGCCUCGCGGACCCUGAGCUGGUGCAGAGGCCUUCAGACCUACCCCUCCAUCUGCCCGCUCACCCCAGCAGCCCUCGCCACCAACGACCCGUGCCCUCUCUGCUGCAAGAGGACAGAGCGGCAGAGAGCUGCUUCGCAGAGUCCUUCCUUCCAGAGAAGCCCUCAGCGCACCCUCCAGAUGCCUCUCCUCAGCGCUCCACAGCAGACCCGUCCCCGCCCGCCCCAGACCUGCGUCUCCAGACCCACGUAGAUAGCUCAGAUUGCAGUCGCAUGCGAUUUACUCAGCAGCUCGAGGUCCUGCCGCACGACGAGCGGCCUCUCCCCACUGUCCGCAGGCAGCCUGCAGCGGCCUCAGAGCCCCAGAAGAGUGACGCGGACGCCAGCGAGGCUCCCAAAAGAAGCUCUGGGGGCGAGCCUGAGCCCCUAACAGAGAAGGCGCUGAGGGAGGCCAGCUCCGCCGUGGAGGUGCUCGGGGAGACCUUGGUCGCCGGGGCCUAUUCCAAGACCUGGUCGUACCGGGAAGACGCGCUGCUCGCCUUGUGUAAGCAGUUGGUGGAGAUGCCUGUGGGGACCUCGAGGGAGGACGCGAAGAGCACCCUGAGAGCAGCCACUGUCCUCAUCAGAAGAGCUGUCAGAGACACGGUGACCCCGGUCUUCCAGGCUUCUUUGAAAUUGUUAAAAAUGGUAAUUACACAAUAUAUUCCAAAACAUAAACUGAGUAAACUUGAAACAAGUCACUGUGUGGAAAGAACCAUUCCUAUUCUGCUCACCAGGGCUGGAGAUUCUUCUGCACGGCUCCGCAGUAUAGCUUCAAAUUUUAUUCAGGAAAUGGCCUUGUUUAAGGAAGUUAAGUCUCUCCAAAUCAUUCCAUCUUACUUGAUGCAGCCAUUAAAAGCAAACUCUUCGACUCACCUGGCAAAGAGCCAGAUAGACCUUCUGGCCCGGCUGCUCAGAGACCUGGGCACCGAGGGAUCAGGCUUCACUGUGGGCAAUGUGAUGGAGUUUUCAGUGAGCGCCCUGGAGCACAGAGUGUAUGAGGUCCGAGAGACGGCAGUCAGAAUUAUUCUGGACAUGUAUCGACAGUGCGGGGCUCUGAUUCUAGAGUACCUCCCUCCAGAUGACACCACCACACGCAAGAAUGUUGUCUAUAAAACAAUUUUUGAGGGGUUUGCUAAAAUAGAUGGCAGACCUACAGAUGCUGAAAUUAAGGCACAGAAAAAAGCGGCUACAGAAGAGGCAGAAAAACGGAAGAAAGAAGAAAUUAAAGCUUUACAAAGACAGUUAGCAGCCCUGAGAGAGACACGGACAGAAGCCCCAGCUGCAAAGGAAAAAGAAAGUGAGGAGGUGAAGGCGAAGACUCGGGAAACUCAAGGAAGGAAAGCAGCCCCACCUACUGCUUCAGAAACUCCCGAUAAUCACUUUCUAGAUAAUUUAUGUAUUUUUUGUGGGGAAAGGAGUGAAUCCUUCACAGAGGAAGGCCUGGAUCUCCAUUACUGGAAGCAUUGCCUCAUGCUGACCCGAUGUGAUUACUGCAAGCAGGUGGUCGAGAUAUCCAGCCUGACAGAGCACCUGCUGACCGAGUGCGACAGACAAGACCUGCUUGGGAGGUGCUGGCGCUGCAGCGAGGCUGUUUUGAAAGAGGAGCUGUCCAGACACAUAGAGACAAAGGGAUGUAACCCUGCCAAAUCAGAGAAGCUGGCAAACCGGUGUCCUUUGUGCCAUGAGAACUUCAGCCCUGGAGAGGAGGCAUGGAAAGCUCACUUGAUGGGCCCAGCUGGCUGCACGAUGAACCUGCGCAAGACACACGUGCUGCCCAGGGCACCGCCUCUGCCUCAAGGAAAAGGCCCAGCCAUGACCAAAUCAGGGGCCUCAGGAGCAAAGGUCGGAAGCAAGAUCCCUACCCCAAGGGGGGCCUUGAGUAAAAGCACUGGCAGGACACACACACAGCGGUGAUCUGACACUCCUCCAUCCUGUCUGAAAAAGGCACUAGCUGCCUCCUGGCUGCAAACCAUCUCCCCUAAAAGCCAUCCUAGGCGAGGCAGGCCUGCACGAUGCCAUGGCCACCAGCUCUUGUGGUGCUGGUCUUCUUUGUGGGCUGUGUGUGGACCCUGUGCCUGGCAAGUUAGGACCUAAUCUCCCUGUAGUUUUCGGAUGUCGGUGUCCCAUUUCUCAUGCCUGGUGUCAACAGAGGGGUGAGUGUUCUGUCUGGAGAGGAUCCCAAGUCGCUGUCCAGGAAGCCUGCAAAGUGCUGCUGCCCUGUCAGUCCAUGGGCCGGGAGCUGGCGGGCAGACAGCGCCAGCGCCCAUCCCACAGUUGCCAGGGUGAUUCCCAUAAAAUCUCUGCAAGCCUUUGCACAUUGGGCUCUCACUGUGGCUAAGUCUCCGCAGGGCUUCCGCUCCAGCAGUGGUACUGAGGCUGGAGAGGGCCGGUGUCCACAUGCCUCCUGUGCCUUCUCACCUCGCCUCCUGCCUGCCCCCGUCCUCCUCUAACAAGUGAAGGUCAAGAGUAGCCGCUCCUGAGCACUGGCCUCUCAGCACUCACCCUGCUAGAUGCCGUGACCAAGCUCCGCCUGCAGCAGGGGCCCAGCGUGGGCAUGGAGUGGCACUGGGUGGCUACCUGCCAGCCUUCCCUAGGCACUUCAAGCUCUUUACACCAGAGGUCCAAAAGUGCAUACAGGUGUGCAAAAUGAUGUCCCAGGGGCCCUUGUGCUCCCCUGAUGCCUGUCAGUCAGAACAACCCUCUCAAAACCCAAGGCAAACCUGGUGUGGUUCCUGCCAUGGGGCCACUUCUUUGCUGAACACUCACAAAUAAGCCUUCAGCAGGACCAGCCAACUCAGAUCACCCAGUCUGGGCCUGUCACCUGACCCUCUCAAAUCCACAUAGAAAUUGGAACUGUAAGUUCACUUUUCUCAAGUACUUCAUAUGAUGCUUAAAACACCUGAACGUCACCUAAAAUGACAGACCCAAACCUCCAGAUCCAGUCUCCUAAUCAGCUCCUGACCACGCGCCCUGGCACACGGAACUGGUUCCGCUUGCAUCCUGUCCAGGUAGUGUGGGGAAAAGCCAGUGUUUGUCUGAAGUCUGCUUGGAAAUGCCCAGUGUCUUCCUGUCCACACCUGUGCUCCCAGGGCCCUAGCCUCCCAGAGACCCAAGGAAGGGGACCCUCCCUGCCGAUGGUGACCAGGGCACCUGAGCGUUACAUGAGCAGGGCUUCAGAAUGCCAGCAAGAAAUGUGUGCAAUUGGUCAAAUUUGUACUGCACAAUUACUGUUGAAUAUUUUUAAUUCCCAACCAUGUCAAAAAAUAAUACAUUAAAAUAAUAAAGAGCUAUUUGAGCAAGGUGCUCCCUGGGUAUAUUAAUGACCAUAAUUUGCACUAAUCAGUCUCCAUUUUUGGUAAACUAAGACCUUUUGGUAAACUAAGACCUCAUAUGGUUGACUCAAAAAUACAAGUGUAAUACCAAGAAAAUUACCUUUUUAAAAAAAUACCCUAUUAAAAAAGAAAAAAGCAUGGAAGGAGAAAUAACAUAAAACUUUGCUAUGCAAAACAGUGCAGAUACUGAGAUAAUUAUAAAAUGAUCCUUCCUGGUUUCAAAAAGAUAUUGACCAUUAUUUUCUAAUUCAUUUUUAAAGUACAGAAAACAUUUCUUUAAAUAGAAUAAUGAGAAAAGUUAAGUCAUUCUCUUCUCAUCAAAACGUUUAUGAAAUAUAAGUGUAAUGUUUUCUAUAUUGUAACUUACAGAAGUCAUUUGUAAAAAACAUUUAAUAUUUAGUGAUUGACAAAAUUGGGUGCAAACAGGUUAGUCUUGCUGGCUACAGAAGAAUUAUGUGUUUAUGUUGAAAUGACUACUGCGAGUGAUUAGAGGCUAUUAAAAGCUUUACAAUUAUAUACUAUUAAGAAACCAAAAAUAAAGGAUAAAAAAUUUAAACGAACAUAAGAUCCCUUGCACUCAUAAAUAAAUAUCUAAAUUUGGACCAGUGAUUAAUAAUUGAACUUUCAUUCACUAAAAUGUUGCAAAUAUUUAACAAUGUUUAUUUCUAUUUUCGUAUUUUAGCAUAUUCUGUCAAUCUAAUUUAAAAUAAUUUUAUCUAUAAAUUUGGCAUUAGAACACAAAUGUAAAUACUUCUAAUGAAAAUUUGCAGAUUUUUUAAUGUUUUAACAUAGUUUUCCAUUUGUCUUUAUUUCAGGUGCCAGAAUUAUAAAAUAUAUAAGUAACAUUUUUGCUGUUGCUUUAGAACUUAGGGGUUAAUUCACCCUGAGUAUAUGAAUAUAUAAUAAAAUGAUCACUAAA